AUGUCUGUCAAUCUAUGGGAUGAUUCUGAUUCAGAGGACAACCUGCCAGCUGAAUGGGAACAAACUAGUCAGGAUAAUUUUAUUACUUAUUACAACCGCUUGACUGGACUUUCUCAAAGGCCUCAUCCAAUUUCAGGCCAUAUUAAGCAAUUACCACAUGUGUUGCCUAAAGGUUGGUUUUCCUGCUCCGACAAAUCUGGCAGAACAAUUUAUUUAAAUUUAGAAACUGGCUGUUCAACUUAUUCUGAUCCUCGACUUGCUGCUGCUCUGUUAACCCACUCUACAAAAUCACUCAGAAGUACCCAAUUUAAAUUUGACAAAUUCUCAAGUGUAAAUGAUAUUCUAUUAAAUAAAGAUCUCCGUGGGUUUCACGUUGUUGUAACAAAUUCAGGCUGUGGUCUUGGUUUAUCAAUCGCUGUUCAUCUCGUUCAAUAUGGAGCUACUGUUAUAUGCGCUUGUACUAAAUGUCCAGAAAAUGCUAUUCCUGUAUUUGAAAAAACGAAGGCAUAUUAUGAAGGCAGUAUCACUGUAGACUUAACUUUAAAGUCAAUUAAUAAAGAAUCAGGUCAACUAUAUUGGAUACCGUAUAAUCCUUUGGAAUUACAUAGCAUCAUACAAUCCGUUCAUAUAUUACAGUCAUUAAACUGGCCUAUUCAUGCGUGUAUCAUAACUGAUGAUUUGCUUCCUCCUUUCGCUGGAUGGAAUUUUUUUCAAUCUUUUACAAGGAUAGUGUCUUGUUUGCGUGAAAUGAUUCCGUCUAAAGUUUCAUCCUGGUUUAAAUCUAUUUUUAAGUUUGUAACAAACUAUGAAAUACAAGUAUUCAAUUGGUUUGGGAAAAAGAUACUUCCUGCAUGGAUUCCUGCUUAUUCAUGUGAAUGUUCACCUAAACAUUUCCCGUAUUUAACUUCUGACGGAUUUGAAGUAUCAAUGCAAUGCAAUUAUUUAGCUCCUGCCUUGUUUUUGCAACGAUUGUUAAAAACAAAAUUUGAUUAUUUACCUUCUCUUUCAACUACUUCAUCAGACAAAACAUUUGACAGCUCAACUUUGCGUGUGGUGAUAGUUUCAUCAGAGAUUCACAAAGAGAGUAAUUUACAACAUUGUAUUAAAAAACUUAAUAUAACAAAGAUGUUUCAGACAACUCCAACAUUAUUGCAUGACAGUAUGAAACAAUAUGCCAAUUCCAAACUUUUAAAACAAGCACAACUUCAUCCACUAUACCUACAAUAUUUACUUGUACUGGAUGUGAUCCAUUUAGUGUGUAUUGCAGCAAACAAUUUUUAAUGACUCUUUAUCACUGGUCUAUCAAAAAUCCAUUUCUUUUAGUACUACAAAUAGUAUACCUUUUAUCAAGACCAUUUGGUAUGUCUUUGGAUCAAGUGAUUGCUAAUCCUGUACUUUGUACUGUUCACAGAGUUUCAACUUUGCAACAACCGAUGACUGGUCAUUCUAAACUGAUCCCGUAUUUUGAUAAAUGUCGACCUUCCACUACUUUGUUAGAUGACCUACCAGUUUUUGAAUUGGAUUUUUUAUCUAAAACUAUAUUUGCCGAUACCAUGAGUAUUUUUUGUAAAUAUGAAUAAUAAGAAUGUA